AUGGAGGAAAAGUGGGAAGGGAAGGUGUCAACAACCCUACCAAGCACUAAACCACACCAAAUUUGGCCACUUUUCAAGGAUUUCUUCAACAUUCACAAAUAUUUUCCUACCCUUUCCAAUUCCUAUGGUGUCCAUGGUACUAAUGGUGAGGUUGGUUGUAUCAGAGUUUGCGUCGGUUCUUCUAGGAGUUUCUUCCUACCAAAAAAGGAUUUUGAUUCAAAGAUCAACGGUGAAGAAUUGGUUAGUUUGUCCAAGGAGAGAUUAAUAGCCGUUGAUGAAGUGAACAAGAGUUUAAGUUAUGAGAUAGUAGAGUCAAACAUUGGAUUAACUUCAUAUGUAGCAACGGUCAUGAUUAGCCAAGGUGGUGAUGAUCAAGGUAAUGAAGGGUGUGUGAUUGAGUGGAGUUUUACCGUUGAUCCUGUUCAAGGGCUAAAAUAUGAGGAUUCGGUGAAGAAGUAUGAAGUGAGUUUGCUAAAGAUGGCUAAAGCAAUGGAAGAUUCUCUUAUUACAAGUUCAUAA